AUGCCUAUACAGUGCACCUACGCCGAUGUGUCAAACGAUCAGGAGAGUUCUGUGAGCAGCUUAGGCCGAUGCAGUACUGUCGGCGCGGUGCCAGAAUCUGCAGUACUCGAAAUCCCUGCUGAGUCUGAGGGCUUCUCGCCACCUACGCCAUGGUCUUCUUUCGAGGACGACAACUUCCCUUCACGAGCUCCUCGGCGGAAACGACGCGUUCAGCGGUCGAAACUUGCCAGCGAACCUAAAACUUAUCCUGCUCCUCGGAAACUUAUGGACCUGCCACCAGAGAUACUGCACAUGAUCUUCCGAAUAGUGUCCUACGCACCACAACUGCGCGUUCGAUUCCUCAAACGCUCUAGAACAUUGAUAAUACCCCAUCCACAUUCCAUUCUGGUGUCACGAAAGUUUUUCGAGUACUCCAAGGCCGCUAAAGCUGACGUGCUAUCGCAAGCAAUGGUUGUUCUCCGCGAGGAGGACUUCGGACACGAAAGAUACCUCCCAAUCAACUUUCACCCGGAUUUUGGCCUCAUACAGAAUCUGACUGCCCAGCACUGCUGGAGUGACAGUUCCAUCAAGAACCUGAAAGUCCUGUUCGCCUCCGCACUACGACUGCGUACAGUCACUGUAGAGGGGCCCUCAAUCUCAGCGUCGGGGAACUUUCAGCAGUGGACUUCAAUCAGCCACGAUGCCCACGGCGACUGGAAUUGGUUCACUGCCGUGCCUGGGCCCAAUUUCCAACAAGACAUCAAGCGGGAAGUCGAGGACAAUUUGCUCAGAGCCCUCCAUCCUAGGCUCAUUUAUGAACAUUCUGCAGCUGCUGUUGCUCUCGAGGCAUGGCUGUCCCGGGGCAAGGAGUUCGAGCUCCGAUUGAAAUUCAACGUGCGCGGAUGCAAGUACUUUCGGACUCCUCAGCGGCCACCUUGGAGGUACAAGGACCGGCAUCUCUGGGAUGUCACCUUUAGUACUCAUGAACAAUACCUCAAGAUCGGACCAGGCGAAGGCAACCACAUUCGCGAACGAGGCGAGCAGGAAUCCGAUAUCACUACAGAUCCAGCUCUCUUCGACAGACUUUGCGACAGCUCCGCCUGCCUGGAAUUGCUCGAUAAGAUUAGGAACAAUUAUGAUGUGGAACGUCCAGCCUGGGAUAACAUUUUCGAAGGUAUGCACUUGCACGACUAUAGCUUCUACGCCAAGUAG